AUGUCUCACACACAGCGACACCCACCCCCAUCCGACGACUCUACCGACGAGGAACAUGAUACCGUCGACCCCGACCUUCGUUUGCGCACGGUGCGCACGGCAGCCAGCACCAUUGCGGAGUCUGCACGCCAGGAGGAGCGAGCACGGAGGCGGAAGAUCUCUAUGAAGGGCGUGUUUCAUAGGAGAUCGCAGAAGAAGGAGCAGCAGCGGCGCGCGUCGAAGGAGCCGUCUGGCGAGGCGUCGGUCCCGCACGUCACUGGAUCUCGAAGAAAGGUCUAUGUGAACUGUCCUCUGUCCCGUGAAGACGUAGACCAACGUGGAGAGCCAUUGGUCAGGUACAAGAGGAAUAAGGUCCGCACGAGCAAGUACACUAUCGUCACGUUCAUCCCAAAGAACCUAUAUGAACAGUUCCGACGCGUUGCGAACGUUUACUUCUUGGCGCUUGCCGUUCUGCAGGCAUUCAGCGUUUUCGGCGCGACAUCUCCGCAGCUCGCGGCUCUCCCACUCAUCUUCAUCAUCGCAGUAACUGCGAUCAAGGAUGGCAUCGAGGACUACCGGCGAGCAACCCUGGACGAAGAGGUCAACACAUCCGCGGCGACGAAGUUGGGACAAUGGCGAAACGUGAACCAGCCCACGGACCCUCGGAUAUGGAUCGAGCGAAUACUGCGUAUCAACCCGCCUGGACGCAUCACGAAGGGCGUGCGGAAGUUGCGUGAGAAGGAGGCCCAGGAGGGCAUGGACAUCGUGCUCAGCAAGGGAUUGGACGGCGAGCUCGUCAGUGUGCGUGCGUCUCAGGACCCCAAUGCCUCUUUCACUUCCCUCCCUCCUCCCGCCUCGCCCGCGCAGAAGCUCGACAGCCCUGGAGCGAGCCCAAGGGUCACAACCAAGAUGGCCAGUCUUGACUAUCACAGCUACCCGCCGAAUCAGGGCGCCAGCGCGGGUGGGCGCGGCGCCCCUCAUCAAACCCACCGCCCUGGCCUUGACUCAUGGUCGGGCGGGUCUGGCACGCUUGCGCUCUACCAGGAAUCGGUCCACUCGCGCUCGAGUAUGGGCGUGGUCAAUGAUGGGCAGCGGACGGCUGGCUUUGCGCAUUGGGAGCGGACACUCUGGAAGAAGCUCGAAGUGGGGGACGUCGUGCUCUUGCGUGAGAACGAACAGAUCCCCGCGGACAUCGUCGUGCUGUCCACCUCCGACCCGGACAACAUGUGCUAUGUGGAGACAAAGAAUUUGGACGGUGAAACGAACCUGAAGCCGCGCAAGUCCGCACGUGCGACGUCUGGGAUCAUGUCCGAGGAAGACAUCGAGCGCUCGUCGUUCGUGUUGGACUCUGAACCGCCGCACCAGAACCUGUACACGUACCACGGCGUGCUCCGGUACCGUGAUAUGGAGACGGGGGAGAUGAAGCAAGAGUCCCUGUCGAUCAACGAGCUGCUCCUCCGAGGAUGCACGCUGCGGAACACGGCCUGGGUGAUUGGCCUUGUCGUUUUCACUGGCCCGGAUACGAAGAUCAUGCUGAACGGCGGCGAGACACCGUCCAAGCGAUCGAAGAUCGAGAAGGAGACGAACUUCAAUGUUAUCGUCAACUUUGUCAUCCUCAUCAUUAUGUGCCUCAUCUGUGCGAUCGCUAACGGCCUGUACGACGCGAAAAGCGGGACGAGUGCGGACUUCUUCGAGCAGGGCGCACAGCCGUCGUCCAGCAACGUCGUGAACGCCGUGGUCACCUUCGUUUCGUGUCUGAUCGCGUUCCAAAACAUCGUGCCUAUCUCGCUGUACAUCUCUAUCGAGAUUGUGAAGACGAUCCAAGCGUUCUUCAUCUCUCAGGACGUCGACAUGUAUUACAAGCCUCUUGACGCUGCGUGCACUCCGAAGACGUGGAACAUCUCGGACGACCUCGGGCAGAUCGAGUACAUCUUCUCGGACAAGACUGGCACGCUCACGCAGAACGUCAUGGAGUUCCAGAAGUGCUCCGUGCACGGCGUCACGUACGGUGAGGGUGUUACGGAGGCUCAGCGCGGCGCUGCGAAACGUGCCGGCGUACAAGAUGCACUCGACCCCCAAGAACAGGAGGACAUGCUACGGCGUCUCAAGGACGGUAUGCUGACGAAGAUGUCGCGAGCAUUCAAGAAUCGGUACUUGCAACCGCAGAAAUUGACUCUGAUCUCUCCCCAGCUUGCGGACGACCUCGCGAACAAGGCAUCGGAGCAGCGUUCGCACGUGAUCGCCUUCUUCCGCGCCCUUGCCGUCUGCCAUAGCGUCUUGUCGGACCGUCCGGAGCCGCAUGAGCAACCCUAUCACCUGGAGUACAAAGCCGAGUCGCCAGACGAGGCAGCGUUGGUUGCGGCGGCGCGGGACGUCGGGUUCCCGUUCGUCCAGAAGUCCCGCGAGGGCAUCGACAUCGAGGUCAUGGGCCAGCCGGAGCGAUACAAGCUGUUGCAGAUGAUCGAGUUCGACAGCACGCGGAAGCGGAUGAGCGUCAUUGUGCGCAACCCGCAGGGACAGAUCGUUCUGUACACGAAGGGUGCGGACAGUGUCAUCUACCAGCGGCUUGCUGCGGACCACGACCCACAGCUAAAGGCGAAGACGUUGCAAGACAUGGAGCUGUUUGCCAACGGUGGUCUGCGAACACUCUGUAUCGCGUACCGGAACGUGAGCGAGGACGAGUAUCUGCACUGGCAGAGUGUCUACGACGCGGCGACGAGCGCCAUCACUGAUCGCGAUGCUGAAAUUGACAAGGCGAAUGCUAUGAUUGAGCACUCGUUGACCAUUCUGGGAGCGACGGCCCUCGAGGAUAAACUCCAGGAAGGCGUGCCCGAGGCUAUCGAGACCUUGCAUCAGGCUGGUAUCAAACUCUGGAUCCUCACCGGGGACAAGAUCCAGACGGCCAUCGAGAUCGGGUUUAGCUGCAACCUCCUCAAGAAUGACAUGGAGAUCAUGAUCCUGUCCGCCGAGGAUGCGGCGGCUGCGCAUACGCAGAUCGAGGCGGGAAUCAACAAGAUUGCGUCGAUGCUCGGGCCGCCCUCUGUCAAGCAGGAACGGGGCUUCGUCGCAGGAGCGCAAGCGGCGUUCGCAGUGGUCAUUGACGGUGACACGCUGCGUCAUGCACUGUCUCCGGGACUGAAGGGUAUGUUCCUUAACCUCACCACGCAAUGCGAGACCGUCGUCUGCUGUCGUGUGUCACCGGCACAGAAGGCCCUCGUCGUCAAGCUCGUCAAGGACGGUCGGGACGCCAUGACAUUGUCGAUAGGCGAUGGCGCCAAUGACGUCGCGAUGAUUCAGGAGGCCAACAUUGGAUGUGGUCUGCUCGGGCACGAGGGCUCGCAGGCCGCCAUGUCCGCAGACUACGCAUUCGCUCAGUUCCGCUACCUCACCAAGCUCCUCGUUGUCCACGGCAGGUGGUCAUAUCAGCGUGUUGCUGACAUGCACAGCAAUUUCUUCUACAAGAACGUCAUCUGGACUUUUGCAUUGUUCUGGUAUAUGAUCUUCAAUAAUUUCGACGCUACUUAUCUGUACCAGUACUCCUUCAUUCUGCUCUGCAAUCUUGUCUUUACGUCAUUGCCAGUCAUCGUCAUGGGCGCCUUCGACCAGGACAUCAACGCGAAGGCCGCACUCGCGUUCCCUCAGCUGUAUAUUCGCGGCAUCCGCGGGCUGGAGUACACGCGGACCAAGUUCUGGAUGUACAUGCUCGAUGGGCUGUAUCAGUCAGUGGUUGUGUUCUUCAUUCCCUUCCUGGCAUGGACAUUAGGUUUGCCUGCGUCGUGGAGCCAUGGGCGGACGUUCGAGUCCCAGGCUGACUUGGGCACUACUGUUGCUGUUGCUGCUAUCUUCGCCGCCAACACCUACGUCGGUCUGAAUACACGCUAUUGGACCAUCAUCACGUGGCUUGUUGUCAUCGGAUCCUCCGUGGUCAUGAUCCUGUGGAUCGUGAUAUACUCGUUCUUCCCUACGUCAAACUUCAACGAUGAAGUGGUGAUCCUCUUUUCGGAGGUGAUAUUCUGGGCAGUUGUCAUUAUCUCUGUCGUGAUUGCCUUGACCCCACGAUUCCUCGUCAAGUACUUCAAGAGUGCCUACAUGCCUCUGGACAGGGACAUUGUCCGUGAGAUGUGGGUCAUGGGCGAUCUCAAGGAUCAGCUCGGGAUCGAGCACAGACGGCGGAGGAAACAGGACUCGAGGUACGAUGCUGAGAAGGCACCGAUGUUCCAACAGCCGCACUAUCGCUCGGAGUCGGAGGCGUCGCAUAUCAUCAACAUCGACCGGAACCCUGCCUUCCGGGAGGAGAGCAGCGGGGACAGUAUAUCGCCACCACCAUCCGCCAGUCUCAUGGGCAGGGCAGCGACGCAUGAGGCAUUCCACGAGAACACGCAGCGCGACGACCUGCUGGCAACGAAUCGCAGACCGUACUACCAUGGAGUACUGGACGAGACGCGUCUGUCGUACUACUCAGCUUCCGACAUUCCCGCUCCUUCACCCAUGCCGCCUCCCGCGACGCAGUACACACGCACCCCUCCGAUGUCGACCGUCAACUCAGACCUCGUGUCGACGUACUCACAACCGCCUCACAUCAUGCUGCAGCCUUCCACCGGCUCUGGGACACCGGAGACGUUCGAGAUGCAUGUGCGGGGACCGUCUGGCGAGUGGCAGGAGUCGACCGAACAGGCGGCAUACUACCGACCGCCAUAUGGGUAUGAUGACCGGCCACCAGACGACGACUUGACACCCGCACAUUCACAGCAACCAUCGCGUGAAUCAAUGUACGGGCAAGCCAUCUAG